GAUGAAUCUCUUUAAAUAGAAGGUGACAUACUACUAUGAUGAAGAAUUCGGGACAUUCAAUUAUUCUACAACACAUCCAAUGAAGCCAUUAAGAGUUGCUAUUACUGAUGAUUUAGUUGGUCACUAUGGAUUGAAAUAACAUAUGAAUUGUAUUGUAAGACAUAUAAAUUUGAAUAUUUAGGAUUAAUCUUUUGUAUAAACAUAUAUAAAAAGAGUAGAUGAAGAUGUAUUAACUUAAUUUCAUUCUUAUGAAUAUAUAGAUUUAAUUAAGAUAAUUACACCUGAAAAUAAAUGUUAAUAUGAGGAUCAACUUUAUAGAUGUAAAAUUUAACUUUAAAUUUAGUUAAUUUUAUGGAGGAUUGUCCAGUAUUAGAUAGGUUGUUUGAUUUUUGUUUAUGUUAAACUUCAGGAUCUGUAGGUGCAGCUUGUGUCAUAGCUGAUUAAAAAAGCAAUAUUGCAAUUAAUUGGAGUGGAGGAUUACAUCAUGCCAAAUAAAGUGAGGCUAGUGGAUUCUGUUAUGUUAAUGAUUGUGUGCUUGGGAUAUUAGAAUUAUUAAAAACAUAUUAGAGAGUACUUUAUGUAGAUAUUGAUAUUCAUCAUGGAGAUGGAGUAGAGGAAGCAUUCUAUUUAACUGAUAGAGUGAUGACAUGUUCUUUUCAUAAAUUUAAAGAAUAUUUUCCAGGAACUGGACAUAUUGAUGAUGUUGGACAUGAUAAAGGAAAAUAUUAUGCAGUUAACUUUCCUUUGAAUGAAGGUUUAAAUGAUGAUUCAAUCUAAUAUAUAUUCAAACCAGUCAUUGAUAAAAUUAUGGAAAACUUCAGACCUGAUGUAGUCAUGUUAUAAGGAGGUACAGAUAGUCUUAGUGGUGAUCGAUUAGGGUGUUUUAAUUUAAGCAUUAAAGGUACAAAUAUAAUAUUAUAAUAGGACAUGGAACUUGCAUUGAAUAUUUAAAGAAAUUUAAUGUACCAAUAAUAAUGGUAGGAGGUGGAGGCUAUACUCUUAGAAAUGUUCCCAGAUGUUGGACAUAUGAAACUUCUCUAGCAUUGAAUGUUCCUAUAUAAGAUAAUAUUCCUGAUGAAUCUGAUUACAAAGUAUAUUUUGGACCUGAAUAUAAAUUACAUUUACCAAUUUCGAAUAUGGAAGAGCAAAAUUCUAAAGAUUAUUUGGAAAAAAAUAUGUAAGUUUGAUAAAUAAUCAUUUAAAGUGUUUAAAUUUUAGAUAACCUCAAAUAAAUAAAUCCUGGUUGUGCUUAAAUUGAUCAUUAUGCAAUUGGAAAGGAAAGCAGAAAGAAGGUUGAUUAUUAAGAAUUGUUUUCUGAGUAUAGAGAUAAUAGGGAAGAAAUGCAAAUAGAAUAAAAUUAAGAUCAAUAAGAAUGAA